GCUUCUUUCCACAGCAGCAACAGUUCGUCAGCCACAUCGUUAGCUUGCUAGACAUAAUAGACGAACCAAUAAAGCUCUUUAGACGCUUUAGUGUAUAUUAGCCACCGUAUUUUAAACCCACUUCUGUCGUCUAGUUAGUUAUCCAUUUUAAUUUCAUAUUUACGGUAUUGUUUUUAUUCAUCUAGCGGGCUGGUUAAGUUAGCAUUAGCCUAGCUAGCUAACAUCUCCAACCAUGAGGUCACUAAACUACUCUCUUGUUAAUGAAGAGGAGGACUGCUGGACGGAGAAAGAAGCUCUGGUGAAAGAGGAGGAGGAAGAGGAGGUUAUCACAGUAAAACAAGAAUUAGAGGGUGAGGCCAUUACUGUGAAACAAGAAGUAGAGGGUGAGACUGUUACAGUGAAAAAAGAAGAGGAAGACGCGUUCAGAGUUAAAGAGGAAGAGGAUUUUACAGUAAAAGAAGAGGAGGAGGAUGCAGCUUUUGGGGUGAAAGAGGAGGAGGGGGAGAUGACUGUCACAUCGAAAAAGGAGGAGGGGGAAACUGGAUAUCUGGGCCCGGUUUCCCAAACGCAUCUUAAGGCAUCCAAUGGUUCUACGGAUGAACUUAGCCAUAAGAUGGUUUUGAGAGACCGUUCCCUGAUUAACACUAGAGAGAGACGGGACUAUUGUGGAUCCUCUGUGGAGUCUACAGGAGAGAUACAGGACUAUCGUGGAUCCUCUGGGAAGCCUCAACAACCUCAUGAUGCUGAAGAGGCAGAGAAGAGUCCCUCCAGAUCAGAACACCUCAAGAAACGCCUGCAGAGACCCACAGGGAAGAGAACUCAUCGCUGCUCUGACUGUGGGAAGAGAUUCACCUCCUCAGCAGGCAUUAAAAUUCAUCAGAGAACACACACAGGAGAGAAACCUUACAGCUGUGUUCAAUGUGGGAAGAGUUUUGCUGCAUCUAGCACUCUGACUCUACACCAGAGAACACACACAGGAGAGAAACCUUACAGCUGUGUUCAAUGUGGGAAGAGUUUUGGUCAAUCUGGCCAUCUGACUCAACACAGGAGAAUACACACAGGAGAGAAAUAUUAUAGCUGUGAUCAAUGUGGGAAGAGUUUUGGUCAAUUUGCAGAGCUGACAGUGCACCAGAGAACACACACAGGAGAGAAACCUUACAGCUGUGUUUUAUGUGGGAAGAGUUUUGGUCGAUCUUGCCAUCUGACUCAACACAAGAGAAUACACACAGGAGAGAAACCUUUUAGCUGUGAUCAAUGUGGGAAGCGUUUUGGUCACUCUGGAGAGCUGACAGUGCACCAGAGAACACACACAGGAGAGAAACCUUACAGCUGUGUUCAAUGUGGGAAGAGUUUUGGUCGAUCUUACCAUCUGACUCAACACCAGAGAACACACACAGGAGAGAAAUCUUAUAGCUGUGAUCAGUGUGACAAGAGAUACUCUGAUAAAAGAUAUCUGAUCAAACAUCAGAAAAUACAUACAUGAAGGAGUUGUUUCAUGACAUCAAUGAAAUAAUGUCACAAUGUAGAAUGUUUUAACAAUGUAGGAGUAUUUUAAUGAUGUCACAAUGUAGAAUGUUUAAGCAUUUUAGAAGGAGUAUUUUAAUGAUGUCACAAUGUAGAAUGUUUUAACAUUGUAGUUGGAGUAUUUUAAUGAUGUCACAAUGUAGAACCCUAAACGUUUGUCCCCUGUUCUAUUGAUUUCAACAUGAUAUGGAUAUUAGCAUCAGGGGGGAAAUCCAGGCUUUGAAUUGAAAUAGUACUAUUUAUAUGAUUUAACAAAAAGUGACUAACACAAAAAGAGCUGUGUUACACUUACCACGUUGGUGACCCACUUGAAUCAAAAUGCAACACUUCAAAAUGUAGCGAGCUGUUUUCUACAAAUUGUCCUCUAACCAGGGAUGUACACAUUACUCCCAGAUUGCGUGUGGUUUUUGAGUUGUUAGUUUUAACAGGACAUGCAACCUCAUCUUCCUCCUCUCGCACAAUUGAUUUCAACAUGAUAUCGAUGAGUUAUGACAAAAAAGUGUUGCGUUCCUUUGUUUAGCGACCCCUACAUUUUAAAUGCAUCACUCCAAAAUGUAGCUGACUGUCUUCUGCAGGUUGUCCUCUAACCAGUGAGCUUAAAGAUAUCUCCCAUUUCCAUGUGUUUUUUUAGUUGUUAGUUUCAACAGAAAGUACAACCUGAUUUCCCCCCUAAUCGAUAUCAGUGAUUUAUUGCUACUUGUCAAAACAACAGCGUUUUUGGUGCUUGUGUCCAUGGUGAGGACAACUUGGUUUCUGAUUGUCUCAAGGUUGGGCAGUCAAAAAGAUUUGUGUUUUGUGUUAAGCCAGUGCGUUCCAUGGAUCACAAAUAAUUUUGACUUUCCGUAUUAGAGAUGAGUUUUGUUUGGGCUCGUGAGUUUUAGGUAGGGAAAAAAUACACUUUUUCUUGUUUUUAAUUGUUGACAUCCAGUAGACACCAUGUUUAUAUUGUAGUUGAUUAUAAUGUGAAAUGGAAGUUGUUUUCUGUUGGGGGUGCGCAUUCUCUUAAGGUGUUAGUCUUUGGUUUUUCCAUUUAUGUUUUGAGGUUGGACUUUAGCACGUCUAGCUCGUUAGCACGUAGGGCGCACUGAUUGGUGUCACCUCGUUAGUCAGUAUGUGUUACACCUGUUCUGGCUUGUCCAUGUCGUUAUGGUUGAAUAUUGCAUCCAAAUACCACAUGUUAGGUUUUCAAUUGAUCCCAAACUGUUUCUGCACAUUGGUUAUUGAUUUGGACACGUUAAACUGUGUUUUGACAUUGGGCUAUCCCACCUAGCAAAAUGUCAUUGAAAAGACAUUGAAAAUGUGACUAUGCAACCAAAUAUUUCAUAUUUACAUUUCAUGUAACAUUUAGUAGUGAUAAUUAUUUAUGCAACCAACUGACAGUUUUUUGGUACAAUUAUAUUGACAUUGUUGCCCUGCUUUUAGAAUAUCAUGGUUAAUUCUCACAUGUGCCAAACCAAAUGUACUAGAGCAUGACAUUGGGGACUGGGCCCCGAUCCAACAACAUGCCUAUCUAGUGAACCCUGAAAAGAGAGAGAAGCUCCACAGUGAGGUGGAAAGUCACUACGAAUAUUGCGGGAGUUUCCUCUUGAAAUCAGACACGUCCGUGGUAAGGACAACUUGGUGGCUGAUUGUCUCAAGGGUGGGCAGUCAAAAUGUUUUGUGUUUUGCGUUUAGCCAGUGCAUUGCCAUGAAUCACAGUUUAUUUUUACUGCACGUUUUUCCGUUUUGGAGAUGAGUUUUGUUUGGGCUCUUUCCUAGGGGACCAGAGUUCUAGAAGCUAGUGAGUUUUAGGAUUCUUUGUGGGAAUAAUACAAAUUAAGCUUGUUUUUAAUUUGUUGUUAGACAGACACCAUUUUUAUAUUGGUGAAGGUGAAGCAUUGUAGUUGAUUAUAAUGUGAAAUGGAAGUUGUUUUCUGUUGGUGGUAAGCAUUCUCUUAAGGUGUUAGUCUUUGGUUUUUCCAUUUAUGUUUUGAGGUUGGACUUUAGCACGUAUAGCUCGUUAGCACUUAGGGAGCACUGAUUGGUGUCACCUCGUUAGUCAGUAUGUGUUACACCUGUGCUGGCUUGUCCAUCUCAUUAGUGGGAAGGUCCAGGUUCUAUUUAAGAGUGUCUGGCCCAGUGCUCUAGUUGUCUUGAUAGUUGUGGAGAGUCAACACCUUUAGUUGCUCCAUCUUUUUGGUUUGCUUCCUGUCUUUAAGUUUGUUGUAGGUUUUUCUUUUGUUUGCCUCUUCUUGGCAGAUUUAGUGGGUCUCAUGGUGGGUGGCUUUUAGGUCCCAGUUGUUGUUACAAGUCAAUUUUCAGUGGACACCCCCAUAGUGUCUAUCAGAACCACUCCUAAAAAACAAGCUUAUAUUUUGGGUUGGGUUGGAUGUUGCAUCCUAUUAAUAUUUUAAUCAAUGGCAUUUCCUUUCAAUGCUCAUUACUCUUUCAGUUGUUCUUCUUCAGUUUUUUAUCCACUAAUGUUGUGUACUAAAUAUUUAUCUUUGUUUUUUCCUGUCAUGAUGUCAUUGUGUUGCAUCAUGUCUGAAAUGUGCUGUAUAAAUAAAGCUUGAUUUGAUUUGAACAUAUUGCAAAACAAAUUAACCCAAUGAUUGACCAAUCAACAGACUCUUGGUCCAUCUUAGUAUGAAAAACAGUAUCAAUCCCACUUUCCCAGCCUACUGAAGGUGUGGUAAACACCACCCCAGGCUCUACCUGGGGCUUGAGGUGGUCUCCCACAGCUCUGCUUAUGUCAUGUUCUGUGGCCUUGCCGUUCCAUUUCUUGACGGCCCCUGCAACACAGAAAGAAACACAUUUAGUCAUAUUAUAUACAACACUCAGGGCCGGUUUCCCAGCAAAUCUUAAGCUUACUCCCAGACUAAAAGCGACUUGCACAGACUUAUCUUAAAAUAGUGGUAGAUUUAGCCUGUUCUGGACUCAACAAAGUCGAUUGCAAGAUGGAGGAUUAGAGCUACCCUAGGACUAAAUGGAAUCUCAAAUGAAUCUUUCAAAGUGGUAGGUUUAACUUCUGCUUCGUGCUGGUUGUGAGGGAGCCUGGACUAUGUGGAAUGUCUAAAUGAAGACCAACAUGCACUACAGAGGCCAGACCAGUACUAGUGGAUAGGAGUACACCUGCAUUGCUUGCUGUUUGGGGUUUUAGGCUGGGUUUCUGUACAGCACUUUGAGAUAUCAGCUGA